AUGUCUCAAACUUGGCUACGAGGUCCCGUCUGUGGCGUGGAUAACUGCCGGUCCAGGCUAUACCGUCUGAGCGCCGGCCGCAAGUUCUGCCAAUUUGGCCAUGUCAUGGAGGGAAACUUCGAGUUCGAUGAUGAUGACGGUGAACAAUACGUUCAAACUAGACGUCUCAACAUUCUGUUGACAGACACUGGGUUUGGUGCCAGCGCAUCACAAGCCACUGAAAAGGCAAGAUCCACGAACACAAAACGUCUCUAUGGUCGCUCAGGCAAGAUCCAUCUUUUGCGGUGUCUUCAGUAUGUCUUGAAGACUGUUACACCUAAGGUCGUAGACCUCCUCUAUCCAGAUAUGGAGCAACGUCGAAAGGACAAAUUUAAAAGAGAUUUGACGGUUGUAGUCAAGUUAAUGUGGGUGCGUUGUAUGGAAAAAGUGCUUGCUGGUGCUGGAGUCCGUUUGGCAGACUUAUAUCCUCUUAUCUUCUUGGCCAUCAGGCUGUUAAACACUUACCCCGUUUACGUGGACGAUAUGUUAGUAAUCUUGAGAGAAAACAAGGUCCCGUACAUCAAUGCCUUGCAGAUGCUUCCAAAAGACAUGCAGUUGCUCUUGUCGCUGGCGACUAUGGCCCUGCUCACCAAUAGUGCUAUUCCACUAGAUGAUGCGUUUUACAAAUACGUUGCCAAGAUGGCUACCAUGGUUGCACCUGCGAAGUUCUGGAAUAUCUCCGUGGAAUAUUUCUAUCCAAAUGUCUUUUCGCUUUUUGCCGAUUUAGAACUCGAUGCUCCAAAGCUCAUGGUAGUAUUCCAUAGGAUUGUGUCCAGAACCUCUCCUACCCUUCUGGCUCUAAAAAUAUCGGGCCCUUCGGGACUACCCGAUGGAAAGUACCUUGGCAUGAUGUAUUUGAUCAUCAAGAUCUACUUUGUAGGCUCACCCACAGUGGUGGACUUCGACCUGUGGCUCUCGUGGCUCCAGAAUCAAGGUGCCAGACUUCCAUGUUUCGAAGACCGUAACCACUGCAUGGACCCGAAGACGCUUUUGGAUCUUUCAGACGAGCAGACGGAUGAAUACUGUAACUGGAUCUACGACAACUUGUUGACUGGAAAACAUGAGGAGGAUUUGGAAAAUGUGUCUCCGAUGGAGAGUAGGCUUUUCAAGAUCUUCGCACUUAAGAAGGAAGCCUUGAUUAACAAACCAUCCGAGGAGAUCCCGAUGGAGAUCCCAAAACGGUCAGACACAGCCAAACCUCCGUUUAAACGGGUGUUCAACGACUUGGAUCUCUCGCACGUGUCGUUGAUGGAAACCCAUCUCAGUCACUACUUCUGUGUUAGGUAUGGUUUGAAGACACGCACAUUUGAGGAGAUGGUGGAUAUGGCAGAAAGCCAAUUGUUGCAGCUUAUUAAAACCGACGAGCUCAUCUAG